AUGUCUACAUCUUCUUUGUCUAACCACAACGUAGCUUUACGUCAUGUUCUUGUCUUUCAUCGUCAUGGAGAUCGUACGCCUGUGCUUACGUCAAUAGGUACCAAGUUAAUGGUAACACCCGAGGAAAAAGAAUAUUGGGCUUCAAAAGUAGCGACACCAGAGCAGCUUGAGUUAUUGCAACAGACUGCAAAAGUUGUAGGUGCUGAUGAGUUGCAGCCUCCAGUGAUCAAUCCGUCAAAGGAGUCAGAGUUUCCUUAUGGAUUAUUGACUCAAAAAGGUGUUAAGCAUAUGAUAACGAAAGGACGAGCUCUGCGCCAGCGAUAUGGACAAUUAUUGACCGAAGACGUUAAGAUCGAGGACGUUUAUGUAUUGUCAAGUAAUGUUCCCCGUACUAUUGAGUCAGUCCAAUGUUUAUUGCGAGGAUUCUUUUAUAACGAUUAUCACCAGUCAAAAGAUGUCCCACAAUUUCUUGUGCGCACAUACAAGCACAAUGUCCUGGCACCUAUGCAUCCAUUGCAAGUAUUUCAUGAGAUUGAAAUCAUAGUACAUGACGAUGUUGUAGCGUUUAGAAGUGACAUUGAACGUGAUACUACCGAGAAGCUCAGUUUACAUUUACGAAAGUGUUUAGAAGUACCAAGCGAUCAGCCACUUUCUUGGACAGCAGUACGAGACGCAUUAACGUGCCGUGGAGCCCACGAUUGGCCUUACCCUGAGGGUGUAGACUACGAGAUUUUUAAACAAGUUGAAGCUUACGAUACGUGGCUUUGGCAACGUUUGUACCAUCGCAAAGAUUUUUGCUUUCAAGCUUUUAAAGAUGGUGUGAAGGAGGUCUAUACAUUUAUCAAAUCGAUAGUGGAAGGCAAGCAACCUGCAAAACUAUCCUUCUUUUCAGCUCAUGACAAUUCGAUUGUGGCGCUUCUGGGUGCUCUACAGAUUGACGUGGGGUCACAACUGCCCGAGUAUGGCACAACGCUAGCAUUUGAGGUAUAUGAUGACAUGACAACACACGAGUACUUCAUCACACCACGGUCAGCAGCAGGAUUCAAGAUGCUCAUAUUCACACUUUGA